AUCACGGUGGUCACCAUGGGCAUGGUGGAAGCGCGAGCUACAGUGGCAGCAGCAAGCAGCAGACCAUCACGAUUCACGACACACCCUCACCGACGGCUGUAAUUACGAUCUCAGACAGCGAGGACGAAUCACCGGAGGUCAAACAUAGCACCAGCUCGUCCUCGAAGAGCUCGCACACGACCUCGAAUCAGGCAUGUACGCGUGGUACACAUCCGUCGUCGUCGUCGUCGUCAUCGUGUCGGGGCGGUGGAAACGGUUGCAGUGGCGGCAUUAAAACGUCCUCUUCUUCAUCGAACGUUGCCCACAACUCGUCCUCGACGAAUCAGCUCAAUGGUGGAUCGGGUGGACACCAGCAGCAACCGUACCAACCGUAUCAGCCACAGCAGCAGCACAUGAGCGUUAUUAGUGGCGGCAGCAGCAGUAGCGGAAAUGGUGUAUCGUGCAGCGCUGGAUCAAGCAGUGGUCGACAACGGAAAUCUACCGCCGUUUCAUCGUCCGCCACAGCGUGUGUUACGGUCGGUGACAGCGAUGGUGAAGGAGAACGUCGUAGUCCAAAGCAUCAGCCGAUCAAAUACGAACAGCAUGCAGGACAAUCGCAGAAGAAACGUCUACUGGCGAUGGCUCAGAACGAAUGUUUGCUACUGCCUUCGUCCGGUAGCAGCAGCGGUGGACAACAGCCACUGCACGUGCCGAAACAAGAACCGAGCGAAUUUGUUGCGUACGAGUAUCCUUCGCAACAGCAGCAGGUCGACAAACGUUCCUCGUGGGCACCACCCACGAUGGGAUCAUCGUCAUCCUCCUCGCAUUAUGGAAAUGGUGGCCACAAGCGCGAAUCUUCGUCCUAUAUUCCAUCGUCGUCGACAUCAUCAUCUUCCUCGAUGGCAGCAGCAACGGCUGCAGCUGCUGCAGCAGCCGCUGCUGCCAUCCAGCAGCAACAUCAGGGCGGCAGUGGUGGUUGUAGCGGUGGCGCGAUUGGUCAUGCUCCGCCACCCCACGCUCACGCCAAGAGCACACCAACCGGAGCAACUUCGUGGGGCCCACCAACGGCUGCCGUCUACCGUCAGCAUCAGCCAAGCGCUAACACUCCACUUGGCAGCUCGCCUGGAGCAAUCCUGCAGCAACAUCAGCACCAGGCGCAACAGCAACCAGACAUCUACGCCCAGGGAGACAUGUACCGUCGAUCGGCGGUAUUCGUGUCCCAGGCGGCACCGUACCAGACGGCGUACAAUCGAGUCGUGCCACCGCCAGCACACAAUGCCUCCAGCCGGCAGGUGCGGAACACACCGCUUAGCAAUAGCUCGCCGUACGCGUCCAAGGACAGCACGACAAGCACUGAGCGAUUCCCGUCUUUUCCGUUGCAGGUUCUGCCCACACAUCCGCUGCCAGCACACAUUCAGUUUCCGACCGCCCAGUACGGCCAGUUUGGGCCACUGAGUCCGGCUCAGAUCGCCAACAAGCAUCAUUACGCCUGGUUCGGCGAGUAA